GCGAGCUUUCGAGAUUGGACUUUGGAGAGGAAACAGAACAAAAAGAAAAAAGAGAGGGCGUUCGAGACUUUACCUUGCUCGUGUUCAAAGAAACUGCAAACAAUAUGUCAGUUACAUUACAUACAAAUCUCGGCGACAUCAAAUGUGAAAUCGCUUGCGAUGAAGUACCUAAAGCCUCUGAGAAUUUUUUGGCACUAUGUGGUAGUGGUUAUUAUGACGGCACCAUAUUCCAUCGAAAUAUCAAAGGUUUUAUGAUCCAGGGAGGGGACCCUACAGGGUCAGGCAAAGGUGGGAACAGUAUAUGGGGUAAAAAGUUCAAUGACGAGAUCCGAGAUUCGCUUAAGCACAAUGCAAGAGGGGUGCUCUCUAUGGCUAAUAGUGGGCCUAAUACAAAUGGAAGCCAGUUUUUUAUUACAUAUGGCAAGCAGCCGCACCUGAACGGAUUGUAUACAAUUUUUGGCAGAGUGAUUCAUGGGUUUGAGGUCCUAGAUAUCAUGGAGAAGACUCAGACAGGACCUGGGGAUCGACCUCUCGCGGAGAUCAGAUUGAACCGUGUAACAAUCCACGCAAACCCUCUUGCUACCUAGGCCUAAUGUAACCCCAUUGGAGAAACUAUAACAUAUUCAAACUUCAUAUAUGUUCUAACUGUAGAACUAAAACUGUUUUGUAAAGUAUUCAGAUGAGAUUAGCUGAAUGUGUCGCACCAUAUCGACAUUCAGUGCACAUAUCAGUGAUUGGAGAAUGGUCCUAGACCUGUAUUUUUUCAUUCCUACAAAAUUGUAGUGGAUAUUUUCUUCAAUUUUAUUUUUUUGUUA